CUAAAAUGAGCACAGACGUAACGACAUUAUGUUAUUUGUGUUGUGAUCUAAGCUUUACAAAUAGACGCCAUAUUACUCAGGAUGAGGUGUGAUUCAGCGAUUUCUGACGUCUAUUUGUUUCUCCUUUCCACUUUCGUUUUUACAGGCUCAUUUUAUCGCGCUAAAGGGUGACCGAGAAGACACACGGAACAAAAAUAAACCUCUGUUUUUAUUCCCCUCCGAUAAAAUGAACGGUUUGCUAAGGGAAAUACAAAACCUCAAUUCAAUCGCAGCGAAGACGCUUGAAAAAGCAGAUUUCUGCACAGACUCAGAGCUCCAGACUCUAACAAGAGAAGACCUGCAUGAGCUUUUCCCUGGAUCUGACAAGCUAAAGUUGAGGAGGAAGAUCUUUGAAAUAAUAAACAAACAUAAACCAGUUGAGAAGCUCCUGAAAGAUCUUAGAGGUUUCAUCCCAGAGGAUUCUAUAAAGGAUGCCCUGACCAACAACGGGGUCUUGGUUGACUACCUCCGUCUCCUGAAGGACAUGAAAGCUCAGCUGAACAAUGUGCAGAGUUUCCUUGAAGCACACAUUAGUUUAUUGGAGGACAUGAAAGCUCAGCCACAGCAGAAACGUGAUACAGGUUCUGCUGCUAAGAUGCUGGCUGGUCCAACAAGUUCCUGUUUUGGACCAAAUGAAACCACUUCACAAAAAUCUCCAGUGCAUGUAAACCAAAGUGCCGGGGUCUCCAGGUCACCAAGUUAUCACUCUUACGGUCAUUCCCAGAUUGAAAAAGUGACGGUGAAGUACAACAUGGUGAUCAGUGGUCAGACAUUUGAAGCCCAUCAUCAGAUUCUGAGCCAAGUUAAGAGCUCAGCCCAGCAGCUGGACUUGGUGGAGAGCCAGAGCAGUGAGGAUUGCCAUGUCGUGUUGGUCUUCUGUCCAAUUGUUUCACGUACAGGGACAGAUGUGGAAGCAGCCAUGAGAAACGUUACAGGUGCUAAACCUGCCAUUCUGGUCUUGAUGCAUCAUUCUCAUGAACCAAAACAUGUUGCCACAAUGGGAACCUGGGACUACAACCCUAAGAUUGUGCAGCAUUUCAGUGUUUUCUAUCACGAGAGAGUAAAUGGAUUAAUAAACUGCAAAGAAAAUAAUGACGCCAUCUCUGGAAUACAGCAGGAAUUAUUAAAACAUGGAGUACGUACGGAGCCCCCUUAUUCUGUAUAUACUCCAUAUUCAGCUAGUGAGAAACGAGGCGGAGGUAUUCUUGGCUUUUUUUCAAGAUAACAACUCAUAGCUUGCGAUGGUUGUGCUGUGACAAUUAUAACAACCAACAGUGUAAAAUAGUUAGGCAAGAAAAAGUUUAAUGAUUCAGAUCUGCCUGUCCUACAUGGUAAUUGUGGGUGGUUAAGUGAUUUAAAGUUAAAUCAGUGUUAAUACUUACAGUUAAUUUUUACAUACUUUUAGCCUAAAAUAAUAGAAGAAAUUGUUAAGACUGCAUUGGUGAGAGGAAAGAAAACUGCAUGUUUAUCUUUACUGUUUUGUGUAAAUGCUUUCUGACAUACCUGUGGCUUUAAACAGUGAUUGUAAUUCAACAAAUAAACCACGUUUCAAAAUGG